CUUCAUUGGCUUGUGCAGUGUUAGAGGUUAAUGGUCUAAAAGUCGUUGUUUUCUACGUUUAUGAAGAGAAGUUGUACCAUAAUAUGUGACAUCGUUGCCGUAUCCAUUUUUAUAGCGGAUUUUUUAGAAGGAGAUAGAGUUGCUUGUAGUUGUUAAUUUGCACUAACCCAACUCUGUCGUUGGCGAUCGCGAUAAUUAGUCGAAUGCUAGACUAGCUAGAAUAAAACAAGCAUAUUUUCCCUAUCAGGGAGGCGGACACAAAAGUACAAUAUCAUAUCAACGAGAACUACAAGAUGCCUUGCGCCACGAAGACCUUUUUGUUGUUAUGCAAUUCUUUUCUCGGCCCUCUUUCAGUGUAUGCCCUGAAGGCAGGCACCGGGCAUCGCACACGCGAUCAUCCGGAGUCGGCACCACACCCAGAUGGCGCACCACACCGAGAUGGCGCACCACGCCGAGGGCAACAUCAACGCCGACAAGCGCGGCAACAGCAGCAGUGGGUUCCCAGCAUGGCAAAUGGUCAAUUUGUAACUCCAGGGGCUAUUGGAGCAGGCUAUAGCGAUGCCGUAGGUGCCUACUAUGAUCCAUGGACUCAAGCUGCAGCAUAUGCAGCAUCGUUUGUUCCUCUAGGUGGCCCACACCAUACCGGAUGGGGAGACGCUGACGCGCAUGAUGCUGGAAGUGCGCAUGACUACGUGCCACUUAUCUUUCCCGAUGGCAGUGUCGCGGCAGUCGUGCAUAGUUAAGGAUAAUCUUUCUUCGUCCAAGUAGAUUCCACCCCUGAAAAGUGGAGUGGAGUCGAUGUCGCUGUCCUCACAAAGUGACACGACUCGAGGAAGUCUGGAUGAUGAAAAAUUUUGAUACUGCUAAGAUCAAGGGGUUUUUCCGCUGGAGCUUCGUGGUUCCAUUGCCAGCGUUAAGGAAUAUGACGAAUAUAAUGCUGACUCCUCCGGCUUUGCAGAAAGAGCGCCGCCGCAACAGCAACAACCACUAUUGCGCAAAGCCGGGAAAGGAAAGGUUAGGGUCCUCACAAUUAGUUACACUGUUGUUUAAGUUCUUCAUUCAGUACCAGCUCCUGUGCCAUCUGCAGAGAAUGCUAUUUGGUGUUUGACAAGGCCAAACACCAGUAUAUUUGCUGAGUAAAGUAAUCGCGACUCCUACCGUUCUGCAUCUCCAAUACCAAUGUUGAUGUCAUGUCAAUUUUUACUACUACAUAAGUACAUGAUAUUGAUGCAAAGACUCCUUUCUAAGAGGAGAGAUGCUAGAGGUAGAGGGAGUGGUGUGUCAUCCUCUGCGUCCGACGUUGCACCAGAGAACAGCAUUACCCCCUGGUCGGCACGUCCAGGGUCUGCCGCAACAAGGCCUACGGAGUCGACAAGAAAAGUGAGCGAACGUUCCUUUGGUUUUGGGCACCCUUCCCAGCUGGCUGAGAUUCAAAACAAGUAUGACCAAGUCGCUGGCCAACAGAUUAGUGCCGAACACGGUCACCAUUCGUGUCGUACAACUAGUACUAAGAGAAGAAGUCAAGAAGAAGAUGAAAAAGAGCAGGAAGAAGCAGAUGAAGUCGCUACUAUGAGCCGCCAGACGUCAUUAAAGUCGGCGAAUAGCGAACUCUCUGAGGUUUCCACGGUGAUUCACGACAACCUGACAAAAACGGGAACGGAUUCGAGUUUUCCUGAGGGCAGCAGCAGUGGGUCGAGUCUGCCACAGCGACAGGGUAGUAAUUUAAGGAUUUCCACGAAUGUGCAUCCUGCACUACCUCUAUCAUUCUUGCAUUAAUAGUGCAGGGGUGCGCAAGGUAUAAAUAUGAUCUGCAAUCUAGUCCUCCUAUCAUCAUUAUUUUCCAAGAUGAUAAUCGGGUAUCUAGACUGACACCAACAACGUUCGUCUUUAUAUUGAUUAGGUUUCAAUAGAAAAGAGGUCAAGGAUAUGAUCUGAAUAGUGCAAUAGCGGAAGCUCUAAACCGAAGUCGAAGAUGGUGUGAUAUGGACUCCGACGACGAGGAUGAUCUCGCGUUGAGGUUUGGUCUGCUUCGGGGUGGAGCUGCUCAACAAAUGGCAGGCUCGAGAGAUGCCUCUUCUGCUAAUGCAAGCGAUUCUCAAGUAGAACGGCACCAGACUCAGGUAGCAGCUCGUGUUUUUCCCCAUCGUCCAGAGUCUACAGCGUCUUCGAGUGCGAAGCUGGCACUAACCGAACAGGUGAUUAAGAUGCAACACGAUGAGAUGCAAUUGGAUGAUGCUCAUGCUUCUACGAUUGCUUCCGGCGUGCAGCAGGAGCCUUCUUCUCAGAUCAACGUCGGGUUUUUUAAGCAAAAUUUUGCCCAUCUUUUUGAACGACCCACAGCGGAGGAGCAGCAGCAACCCCAAAGACCAUUUCAUGACGGGCUGCAUAUACCUGCUUGUGCUACUAAAGAACAGGCCCGUGGAAGGGGUAAUAUCUGGUUUGAACAAUCCAGCAAUUCUAGAAGUAGUAGAGUUGCGGCAGGGUUCAAGAUCGCACAGCGGGUGGCACUAACACCCGCCCCGUGAUCAUUUUCUCCAAUUUCGGAUUAGAUCUCCGCUAGACAACGAGAAUGGAUGUCUACUUGCUUUGGAGGUAACAAGACGGUGGUGGAGCAGAUGAAUCUGGAGCAUUGGAAGUGAAGUGUUUACUAAAAUGCAUGACUAUAAAUCCAACAUGAUCAAUUAGGAAGAGAAAUAACUACAUGAGCACGAUAUUGUCGUAAUUGCGACAUCAAAUAGGAUUAGAAAUAACAAGAGCAAGACGGUGGUGGAGUGAGUGUACUUGUGGUGGAGUGAGUGUACUUGUGGGGGAGUUAGUGUACUUUACAUAGUGUCACACGAAGCUCUUGCGCAAUCCUCCGAUCGGCAAAUACAUUAGGAUUAGUAGCGGAUUAUCGAACAAGUGAUAUUCUCGAUGGCGAUUGAUAUGAAGUUUGAGGAUGAUUGUCAUUUGCACCUUCCCAUUUCAAUAUUUUCUCCAUGAGGGAGGUUGAUAUGGGUUAGGAGAAUACCCGUCUACGGACUGGGUAUAUCAUUAUCAUGCAUACUAAACGUGAACGAAAUAAAAUGCUCGCAACAAACUAAGGAUAGUCAAAAAUCUUAAAUGUAGAGAUCUACAUCUUCGAUAAAGAUUGAAGACAUACGAACGAGGUACAGGUGUCAAACACUACGAGGCACUAGUACUACUGAAAAUGAUUAUGAGUUUUUAAGCUGCAUUUGGAUUAUCUUUCUCUUUCCGUCGAACGGCUAAAGCAGCCUAAUGAUGUUUCAUGAUUAGGUAGUCUCAAGACUAGUUUCAAAAACCGCGACAGUGAAACGGAAUGUCUCUUAUUUUCGCAGCUGUAUAUCGCAGCUGUAACUUCUGAGACUUUUGUGUUGUUUCAAAAGCAUCGAUAAGGCUGGUUCUCGUUGGAUCCUAACUUUGUUUAUUAUUGGAGAAACUACCAACUAGACCAUGCAGGACCUACACGACACCACUUUGUUCACUUGCGGUUUCUGCGUGAGUCGUGUCUCUAAUGAUGGGUUGGAAAACAAGAGGAUUAAUGUACAAUUACAAGCAAGUCGUGGCAGUCGACUAUGUAUCUAUAGAUGUUUAUGCUUAUGCAACCAGAACAAGUCACGACUAUUAUUUGCUAGCACUAGGCGGAAUGCAACAUAAGCCUGGUUGUGGCGGUACAAGACAGGUGUAUGCAGAAUCUAUCAAGAUAACGGGUACAGACAGUUUUAGCACCUACGUCUGGGCAUAGAAUACUUACAUGAUGAUUUUCUAUUUGGAUUCGUCGCUCAGAUACAUGGGUGAAUCAAUUUGCAAUUUUAAAAGAGGAUCGAGAGAUUGAUGUGGGCAUAAAGCCUUUGCCGGGAUUGUCAGGAUAUAAAAUGCGCGUCAGCAUUUCCGAGGGAUAUUGACCUUGUGGGAUGUCGCAGCUUUUCACCAUGCUGCGGGGGAGGUGAUUCUGUACACAGGUUAGUGGAUGUUUGUUGUUCUCGACGUGACUUUGAGUGGUUGGUUUUGUGCAAAAGAGGGGACAUUUUUUACACAACCACGAGGACAGCGUCCAAGACAACGACGUUGCAUCGAUAAACUAUGGAUUCUUAGUAUACACAGGGGGGCAUGAAAAUCCUAGGAUUCAUAGCGGUCCCCUUCGGUGGACUAGUAUUUAUGUAGACUGAUGUCUAACCGUACGACGAAAAAAUAGCCUAUUCGCACUGAUUAUCGGUUUGCGGGAUUUCUAUGUUAUGGAAUGGGGAGGUGCUCUCUGAAGCUAGAGGAGGUCAAAAUGCUCAACAUCAAAGGAAUAUUUACGGGGUGGACGAUCAACAAACGCGCUUUUUCCAAGUUUGUGACACGCAUUUCGUCAUUCCAAUACUUUACCUCAGCCGCACCUUGAAGAUGU